GAGCUUCGAUAUAUUCUUUAGUAAGUGCGAGGAAGCUCAGAAUAUCAGAUCGGCGUCAAAAUGGCAUCUAGCCCGGUUAACCAAGAAGACGCUGAACUCUAUUUGCAAAAACUGGAGACGAUCCAGGAAAUACGGUCAAAGACAUCCCAGUUAGGUAAACUAAAGAACAAGCUUAGUAUGGAACUGGAGGCCACUGAAAGGGAAGAGAGGCUGUUGAAGGACUACAAGGCAGAGAUGGAGGCCUUAUUGCAUGAGAAAAUGGCCCAUGUGGAGGAACUUCGACUGAUACACGCUGACAUCAACUUGAUGGAGAACACCAUCAAACAAUCAGAGGCUGAGAAAGAGCGAGGGUUGGAGAUAAUCCGCCGACUGCAUGAUGAGUAUAAGCCAGUAAAGCAUGAGAUAGAGAGGAUGAGAGCUGCUCUUGGUCUAGAGAACAUGCCACAGGUGGAAGAGGAAGACAUAAUGGCCGAACGUAUUCUUGAGAGGGCCCCAAGCGGAUGGAAACCAGAGCCUCCAGAACCGCCACCACCAUCCAUUGCCUCACAGCUUGCUGCAGCAGCUGCCGCCGCUCAACAGCUUAUUAACAAGAGGGGUCCAUCUGGGGAGCGGCACUUUCGCCAACAGCAGCCCCCGCCCAUGAAGGCAUGCCUAUCCUGUCAUCAGCAAAUCCACAGAAAUGCCCCCAUCUGCCCUCUUUGCAAGGCCAAGAGUAGGUCUAGACAUCCAAAGAAGACGAAACGAAAGCAUGAUGAGUGAUUUAGGGAAGGGAUUUUAAUAAGAAGACAUGCAAGAGAUAGGCAGAAGAGGGUAGUGGUGGAGACAAGGGCUGAAAAAGACUAGCCCAUGUGCAGGCAUUUAGCACUUGAUUUUAGCUUAAAUUUAUUUAUUUAAACAAGAUGGUGGCUGUGACUUGAAACAUUGCAAAAAAAGAACUGAGUUCAUGUCUGUUUUAACAUGCUAGAAAAAGACUGGAAGGGUUUAGAAAAGAGGGGAUAAUAAUUAGAACAUGUUUUCCCAUGCUAGGCUUGUAUUCCUUGGAUUUGGCCUUUGUGCAGAUGAAUGGAAAGAAAAUAGAAACUAGGGUAUGAAGUGGAAUAAACUCUUGUGUAAGCUUA